CAAAAAUCUGCCGAGAAAUCACGAAGCUUUUCCACUUCACGUUCUCUUCGUCUCCUUCCAGCUACCAACCAAGGCAUUUUGUUAUUUUCUCCAUUUUUCGCGGUAUCUAUAGCGGAUUGUUUUCAGAAUCAUGGCCGUUAAACGCGAGGAAGCAAAGAAAACCCAUCCGAAAAAACAGAAUGGCAGCAUUCUGAAGUGGGCAACGCGAAUUUUGUUCCUCAGCAUCUUUAUUUCUACUUGCGGCUGGCUGGAUACCAUCAAGGACCGGUGGUAUGUUCUGGACCCAACAGAGCUUCAUGAACUCGCGAAAAGCGCGAUCGAUGCAUCUCCAAACAAUACCGCCGGAAUGAUAGAGCAUAUAGUCGCUAAUCUCACCGCCACCUACCCGUCUGAGCAAAUUCGUCUCAAUACGGAUUCCAGUGAAUGGGUAUUCAACAACGCAGGCGGUGCUAUGGGUGCCAUGUACAUCAUUCAUGCCAGCAUCACCGAGUAUCUGAUUAUAUUUGGUACUCCCCUCGGCACCGAAGGGCAUACCGGCUUACAUACAGCCGAUGAUUACUUCAAUAUCCUUGUUGGAGAGGAGUGGGCGUUUAGGCCCGGUCAACUAGAGAUGGAACGCUAUCCGCCAGGAAGCGUUCAUCAUCUCCCAAGAGGUACGGCCAAACAAUACAAAAUGCAUGAAGGCUGCUUUGCGUUGGAGUAUGCCCGUGGCUGGAUCCCGCUCAUGUUACCGUUCGGAUUUGCGGACACGUUUACAUCUACUUUGGAUAUCCCGACUCUGUACAAUACUGUCAGAGUAACCGCAAGGGAGAUGAUACAAAAUCUUCUGAUCGGCAAAAUCUAAUCUCGCAUUUGCCUGCCUCUGAUAGAAAUUUGUUCCCACCCAUCCCUAAGUCCCGUUUGUAUUAAUGUGCGCGAGUGGGUGCAACAUAUCUCCAACUGACAAAUUGCCUACCGGCCCCCAGCUCGGCCCUGAAUGCAUUGAGGGGUAGCAAUUGCGC